CUUCGUGAGUGAGUGAGUGAGUGACAGCCACUACCGUGGGCUCCACAUGCUGCUGUGGAUGUUAAGCGCGACCACAUGAGGGGCAGCAACGGCUUUAACUGUGGAGUGGAGCCUUCAGGCGUGACGGUAAACUUUUGAUGAAUAUCUGAGCAGAGAGUGGGACUUUGUUUUGCUGUUCGUGUCAGAAGGCGGUGUCUUCUUUCUCUGUCACACACACGAGCUCAUCAGGAACAUGAAGUCACAGGUGCGUUUAAACGGCUAAUUACUGCGUCUUUAUGGCGCUGUUGUGAAAGUGACACAACACUAUGGAGCAUAACCUUCUCACUGCGGCGGCGGCGGCGGCUGCUGCUGCUGCUGCUGGGACCCGCAGUGAGAGCCUGUCGACGUCGUCCGGUUCACAGACUUUGUCCGAGGCUGAAGAAACAACGACUGAAGUUAGUGGAGAGAGUCACAGCUCGGACACCGAGAGCGUGGGCAAAGUGGGGGGCGAUGGAAAGACACAACACCGCGAGGAAGUGGAGGAGGAGGAAGCAACAACAGAGGAUGAAGAAGACGAAGACGAAAAGGGAGGGCCUCUUCCUCACACCACUGGUCAUUGUUAUUUGGUCCAAGCUUCACGUAAGUUGGACAACAUCCUCUACCCUCCAUCCAUGUCCUUCAGGAAGUCCAGUAACCCAGAGGUGUCUCACGGAUUGGGUCCCGCUUUCAAAUUAAAACGACAUCUCAGUGAAGAUGGAAAACACAUGCGAAGAAGGAGCCUUGGAGGUGGUCUCACAGGAAAAUACCUUCUGCUCCCGAACAACCCCCAUCAGACACAGCCAGCAUGGCAGCCGUCACCAGAGACCUCUAACCUGGUCCGCAUGCACUCCCUGAAUCUCGGGAAGUCGGACCCCUCCCUCACCUCCAGCCUGAAAGAGCUGAGUCUUCCAAGAAGAGGCAGCUUCCUCACUCCCCGAAGCUUGAGCCCCACUCCCACUAGUCCUUGCAGCCCGUGCAGCCCGCUGCACGCUUUUCAUUUUUGGAGCUGCAGAACGAGCAACAGAAAAAGCCUGAUAGGAAGUGGUCAGUCGUCAGGUUUACCACGACCUCACUCUCCUCUUUCAUCUCUGACAGGAACAAGCCCACAAGACAGUCCUAGAAAUUUCUCCCCCAGUGCCUCUGCUCAUUUUUCUUUUGCACGAAGUCAUUGCCACAGAGCAGACAGGACUGAUGGUCGCCGGUGGUCUUUGGCAUCCCUUCCCUCCUCUGGAUAUGGAACCAACACGCCCAGCUCCACUGUCUCUUCAUCCUGUUCAUCACAGGAGAAGCUGCACCAGCUGCCCUUCCAGCCUACGCCGGAUGAACUGCACUUCCUCUCCAAGCACUUCUGCACCGAGAGCAUCUCUGGGGACGAAUGCCGCAGAGCGACGGCCAUGCGACCCCGCUCACGCAGUCUCAGUCCUGGACGAUCUCCAUCAUGUUACGACCAUGAGAUUAUUAUGAUGAAUCACGUCUACAAGGAGCGGUUUCCUAAGGCCACAGCUCAGAUGGAGGAAAGAAUUCAGGAGAUCGUCCGCAGUAACUCUCCAGAGAACGUCCUCCCUUUAGCAGAUGGCGUGCUCGGCUUUGCCCACCACCAGAUAAUUGAACUGGCCCGUGACUGUUUGGAGAAGAGUCGACUAGGACUCAUCACCUCCAGCUACUUCUGCGAACUCACUGACAAGCUGGAGAGACUUGUUCAGGAGUCCACGGAGAGAUCAGAAAGCGAGGAGGUCAACUUCAUCAGAGAACUCGCAAAGAAGAUCCUCAUCAUCAUCGCUCGACCUGCGCGGCUGCUGGAGUGUCUGGAAUUUGACCCCGAGGAAUUUUACCACCUUUUGGAGGCUGCUGAAGGACAUGCUAAAGAGGGCCAGGGCAUCAAAACGGACAUCCCUCGUUACAUCAUCAGUCAGCUGGGACUGACCCGAGAUCCACUGGAAGAAAUUGCUCAGCUAACCAGCUGUGACAGUGGGAUUGCAGAGACCCCAGAAACAGAUGACUCGUCUCAGAGCCUGAGUGCAGCCUUAAGGUCCCGACGAAAACCAUGUGAAUUGGACUUUGAGAUGACAAAACUCAUUAGCAAUGGUGCCUACGGGGCUGUUUAUCUGGUUCGCCACAAGGAAACUAAGCAGAGGUUUGCCAUGAAAAAGAUCAACAAGCAGAACCUGAUUUUGAGAAACCAAAUACAACAGGCCUUUGUGGAGAGAGACAUCCUCACCUUUGCUGAGAACCCCUUUGUGGUGUCCAUGUACUGCUCCUUUGAGACUCGGCGGCACCUGUGCAUGGUUAUGGAAUAUGUGGAAGGCGGAGACUGUGCCACCCUGUUGAAGAACAUGGGUCCUUUGCCAGUGGAUAUGGCCAGGAUGUACUUUGCAGAGACAGUGCUGGCUCUCGAGUAUCUGCACAACUAUGGCAUUGUCCACAGGGACCUAAAACCAGACAAUUUGCUGGUUACUUCAAUGGGUCACAUUAAGCUCACAGACUUUGGGUUGUCCAAAGUUGGGCUGAUGAACAUGACAACUAACCUGUAUGAGGGACAUAUAGAGAAAGAUGCCAGAGAAUUUUCUGACAAGCAGGUGUGUGGAACCCCUGAGUAUAUAGCUCCAGAGGUGAUCCUGAGACAGGGUUAUGGGAAGCCCGUAGACUGGUGGGCGAUGGGAAUCAUCCUCUACGAGUUCCUUGUGGGGUGUGUGCCUUUUUUUGGAGACACACCGGAGGAGCUGUUUGGCCAGGUCAUCAGUGAUGAGAUCAACUGGCCUGAAGGGGAGGAUGCUCCACCUCAAGACGCUCAGGAGCUCAUCACGUUGCUGCUCAGACAGAAUCCUCUGGAGAGAAUGGGCGCAGGUGGAGCUGCUGAAGUCAAGGAGCAUCAGUUUUUCCACAACCUGGACUGGAAUGGGCUGCUGAGGCAGAAAGCUGAGUUUAUCCCUCAGCUAGAGUCUGAAGAUGACACCAGCUAUUUUGACACUCGCUCUGAGAGAUACCAUCACCUGGAGACAGAGGAAGAGGAUACAAAUGAUGAAGACUUCAAUGUGGAGCUGCGGCAGUUCUCCUCUUGCUCUCACAGAUUCUCAAAGGUUUACAGCAGCCUGGAUUUGUCUCGUGGGCACCUGGAGGAGAAAGGAGAGACUGAAGAGAAGAAGAGUGAGAGCCCUCUGACCGUGGACUCUCUCAGCUGGACACCAGACUUCGCUGAGUUGCCCUCGUUGUCCCACUCGACAGACACAGACAGUGUGAGUCAGGGCCCUGGCUGCCCCAGCUUGCUGCCAAAGUUUGCCAUUUCGGCUGAGAGUGAAGGAGACGAGACCUCAGGCCUUGGUGACCCCAGCAAGGCCUCCUUCUCCAUUGGAGAACUCCCGCAGGAUGAACCUGAUGCUACGACUCCAGGCAGCACUCACAGUGGAGCCACACUCUCAGGUAGUUUCUCAGAACAUCUGGACCAGCUGACGCCCAAAGGUGAAGGUCUGGAGAGCCCUGACAGUACCAGCCAAGCCUCUGUAGACCAGGCCCCUCUGUCCACGUCUCUGCAUCCUGAGAGUGCUGCAGAGAAGACUGCAGCUGUGCUUAAAAUCCCCAAAUCUGUGUCAACUGGUACCCUUUCGCUUAUGAUCCCUGGGGAUAUCUUGGGGGUGUCUCCUCUGGCCAGCCCUCUAUCUCCUUACUCACUCUCCUCAGACCCUUCGUCUCGAGACUCCUCUCCGAGCCGAGACUCCUCACUCUGUACCACCAACCCACGGCAGCCCGUCAUCAUCCACAGCUGUGGGAAGAAAUUUGGCUUCACGCUGAGGGCAAUAAGGGUGUACGCUUGUGACGGUGACAUCUACACCGUCUACCACAUGGUCUGGAAUGUAGAAGAUGGUGGACCUGCACAUAAAGCAGGACUCAGAGCUGGAGACCUUAUCACUCAUGUCAACGGGGAGCCAGUCCAUGGUCUCGUCCACACUGAAGUGGUGGAGCUCCUGCUCAAGAGUGGUAGCAAGGUGGCCAUCUCCACAACUCCCUUUGAGAAUACGUCUAUAAAAACAGGUCCAGCCCGGAGGAACAGCUACAGAAGCAAGAUGGUCAGAUGUGCCAAGAAGCCCAAGAAGGACAAGACACCAGAAAGGCGUCGCUCCCUUUUCAGGCGUUUUGCAAUGCAGCCCUCUCCUCUCCUGCAUACCAGCCGCAGUUUCUCCUCUCUCAACCACUCGCUGUCAUCUGGUGAAAGUCUCCCUGGCUCCCCCACCCACAGUCUCUCCCCUCGUUCCCCAACUGCUGCCUUCCGCCCUGCACCAGAUUUCGCACAGUCAGGUGGCAACUCUUCCCAGAGCAGCUCUCCCAGCUCCAGUGCUCCAAACUCCCCUGCAGGCUCUGGCCACAUUCGUCCCAGCACUCUCCACGGCCUUGGACCCAAACUGCCAGGUCAAAGGCUUCGCCAGGGGCGCCGCAAAUCUGCUGGUAGCAUUCCUCUUUCUCCUUUGGCUCGCACACCUUCACCCACCCCCCAGCCAACAUCUCCUCAGCGCUCACCCUCUCCCCUUCUUAGUGGACAUUCUGUUGCCAUUUCCAAGACAGCACAAGCCUUCCCAGCAAAGAUGCAUUCUCCACCCACAAUUGUACGCCACAUUGUACGCCCCAAAAGUGCAGAGCCACCUCGCUCACCCCUGCUAAAACGAGUCCAGUCCGAGGAGAAGCUGUCUCCCUCUUACACAGGAGAUAAGAAGCACCUGUGUCCUAGAAAACACAGUUUGGAAGUGACCCAAGAAGAAGUACAGGAUGAGGAGCUGAGGCCCGGUGAGCGGGAUUACACCAUCCUGCAGAGCGUGGAAGAAACUGCCAGUGAGCCAAUGGCAAUCACUCGUGUGCGGCCUGCUGAGCAGGGCUGCUUAAAGAGGCCCACCAGUCGCAAGAUGAGCAGGCAGGAGUCAGCUGAGGAGCUGGACAAGGAAAAACUGAAGUCCAAGAUGGUCGUGAAGAGACAGGACUGGUCAGAAAGGAGGGAGUCUCUACAGAAGCAAGAUGCCCUGCGAGAAUCUGACUCAUCUCCCAUGUGUGGUGACGACAGGGAUGAGAGAAUCCAAAACAAAUCCCAGCGCAGCCCAGAGUCUGGACCUUUGGAGGCCAAAGCGGCCAGCACCACCCUCAAAGAUGUUCUGUAUAAGAAGCUCACCACGCGAGCCUCCGAGGGCAUCGCCGAACCACCAGGUGGCAGCAGUGAAAGUGAAGGAGGACUCCGAACAGAGUGGCAGCACUCCAGACAGAGUAAAGACAAUAUGAAGCCAGACAGAUUGGACUUCAAAGCUCCCAACAUCGAGUUCACAAAGAAGAGGUUGUCAUUUGAAGAGAGGGAUGAUUGCAUUUGUCGACUAUCUUCUGGCAUCCAUGAGAACCUCCACUUUGGCUCCACCAGGUCUAAGAGCCUGCAGCUGGACACAGCCAUGUGUCAUGACCACAUGAAAGCAGGAAUGGGAAGUGUUCUCUCCAGCCCCGACGGCCUGGCCCCUAAACAUUUUACUGGUAGAGGAGAGAGCGCUGUGGAAAAACUGCAGCUCAUCUCUGCAGCAGAGCCCUCUCUACGAAAGACCUCAUCUGAAUAUAAACUUGAAGGACGCCACGUCUCCUCUCUCAAACCUCUGGAGGGCACCCUGGAUAUUGGCCUGCUCUCAGGGCCCAGAGUCUCCAAAACGGAGACAUGUUUAUCCAAAAUGACAGAGAACACAAGUGACUCUUUUUCUGCGAGUCCUUCAAUUUGGCUUCAGAGCCCCACUGAGAGACAGUUAACCAUCCCCCAGUUAAAAAGUGCAGACAAACUGAAGAGCCCCCUGACUUGUUCCCUGAGCCCUGAAGCUGUUUCUUCUCUAAAUAGUGCAGUUGUCUCCAAAGAGCAGUCAAAUAAUUCACCCACAGAAGGCAAAACCGGUAGAAGUGAUGAGAAAACACAUGAGAGACACAGUGAAUUAGUAAAGACUCCAUCCACAAAAGUGGAGACCUCAGCUUUUGGCAUUAAACAAGAGAGCAGGACUGGUAUGAAGGCCAGUUCAUCACUGGUUCACGAGCAUAGAGGCCCUCGGCACAGCUCCCACUUCUCCUGUGGAAAAACACCAUCCAUACGCGAAGUCAGCAAUGAAGAUCAGGAGGACGAGGUGGAGCAGGAAGUCGCAUCUUACACCACGUCACAAAGUUCUGCCAGCUCAAAGGCAGUCGUUUGUUUCUCUUCACCAAGGCUUGAAGGAAACCGAAAAAGUUUCCCUGCACCAACACAAGCGGAGCCUCCGGCUGUGGCUGCCAAUGACGCGUUACCUGUCUCACUGAAGCAGAAAAUAAACUCUGGUUUGGAUACAGGUCAGUGUCAAAGCUCUGAGAAAACUCCAGAAAAAACAGAGAAAACUACACAGUACUCAAAUGUGACCUCUGCUCCAGUGCUGAAUGUACUAGACAACUGCGCAUCUAUAUCCGUUCCAGAGAAUGUGCUUUCAAAACAGCAACUGCUGAACAUCUGCUCUUCGAAUACACAACCUCAGGUUUCUAUCACGACAUCAGCAUCUGUGUCUGUGCAUGACUAUAAAUCCUGCGGUUCAAAACCAGAAGGACAGGACUGCUGUGAAAGGCCUGUUAGUAAAGACAGUGUACAAUCUAAUAGGUUCAUUGUGAAAGUGGUCGAUGAUGGAAGAGGCUCUGACUCCAAGAAAGAAAUCAUCACAUGCGCCACAGUUGGAAAAGUGGAGACGACCUCAAAAGAGCAGCUGAAUAGAGACACGUCCACAGUUAACACAAGCACCUUGUCUCAGAAUGUUGCACUGAGCGCGGACAGAACGGAUAGCGCUGUGUCUGCAGGUGAGAAAGAGUGCAGCAACAUACCGUUCACCUCACCAAAGAACAAUGUGAAAGAUUCAGAGCCGCUCUCAAAAACCUGUCCAGCUGAAAAAACACCCCACAAAUUAUCUGACACCCCUAAAAAACAAGACGGUGUUAUUAGUGUGAAAGAGAACACCGGGGUGCUUUCAACAAAACAGAGAAGUUCUGCUUCAGCAACUGCAAAUGAAAACGUUUCGAGUUCCAGUAUUAAUUCAAAACCUGUGAAGCCAGAGAGCGAGACAAAAGCACUGGAAGUGAAAUCUCGCAGUGCAGAAGAUAAAGGCAGUCUAAAUUUAAAACAGAGAGAUCUGUCAAAAGAAUCUGCGCUCUCUACUUCAAACAUUCAAGAAACCCAUGAAGCCAAGCGGAAAGAAGCCUCGUCCACUGGAGCUGACGCAAAGCGGGAGGAGCCGGUGCAGCCGACACAUUCUUCCACUCUUGCUGACGUGAAGCAGAAAGAAACGCAGCCCAAAAGCUCGGUACCAAGCACAGGUCACAUAGGAAAAGAAAACACAGACUCAAAGCUAAAAUCUCUCCCCCCGAGAAAUGUCCUUUCCCCCACGACUGUUAAGACUCCUGCAGCUCCAACUCUGGUUUGUAAACAAAGUUUUGAUGCCAAACAUAAAGAUCACUCGCCCAAAAACCAAGUCCCGAUCCCGAGAGACCAUCAUGACUCAAAACCAAAAGACGUGAACUCGCCUCAAACUGCUCCUCCACAUCAGCUCAGGAAGGAGCCAAUACCACAUGUUUCCUCUCAGCCUGAUCCACUGAAACCCGCGGCGAAGAAAGAAACACCUACACCGCUCAGUAGUGGAGCCAAGGUCUCUACCUGCACUGCUCCCCAGGAGACCGUAACCAAGGCAACCAAGGAAGUUACCAAAACUGAAAAGCUCACACCGGAGAGUCAGAAGGGCCCUGACGCCAGGAACACCGCCACUGACAAACAGGUGUCCUCCAGCCACAAGGAGCAGGCGGAGAGGAAGAAGAAGGACGCCGCUCAAGACGCCACGUCAGUACAGAAAAACACUAAACGAGACUCGACUCGAGCUGCUCCUGCUGCACAGAGAGACGCCUCAGACAAAGAUGGUGGCAAGUGCAAGCAGCAGAGAGAGUCGCCACGUAGCUCCACUAACAAAAAGUAAAGGGAGGGAAGAGGAAAUAGCAGCUCACAUUCUCACUUUACAGAAUCCAGACCAUGUUGGAAGAGUUUUGUGCAAACAUUAUCAUGCCGCCUUCUUUUUGUUGGUGUUUUGUUGUUGUUGUUGUUGUUGUUGCUCAAGGACCGGGAAAGCUGUUACAUGCUGAUGGGGAGAGGAGGGGCACGUGUGAGUCCGUGUGCAUUUUUAUCAUAUGACGUGACAUCACAUGUAAAUGUAGGUCAUGACUGAUUGAUCAUCUCUGGUUUGUUCUGGAUUUACUUUGAAGUGAAUGUCCUGUGAAUCGCAGUAUGCUUUGUGCAAUCAGUAUAUAUUGUUUGGGGCGGGUGGGGGGUGGAACCUUACAAAGGCUGGGGUGGGAUGUACUGUAGAGUCGGUGCCAUAAAUGAUUCUGAAUUGCACUCUUACUUCUACUCGAAGGACCUGACGUCUUUCAAUGCAGUAGUCCACGUGAUUCUAUGAAAUUAGCUAAUGUAUCACAUGUUUAGUCUAAUCGGAUUACUUUUAAAUUGGGUUUUUCUGCGGUGGAAUGCACUGUCCUCUGCUUUUCACUUGAAACCACAGAAUAAUAUUACAGCUGAAUUAGUUUAGGGGCCUUAGAUUUAUGGGAAAUAAAACUUGCUGUUCUUAGCAAGAUUGUGGUGUUUAAAUUCACAUUCCUCUGACGUGUGUGUACAUAUAGUUUGGAUUUUUCUUUUUUUAACGCAAUAUGGUGUAAAUAUGAUAAACCUGCGAUACAUGGGCUUACAUGAUUGUUGUUUGUAGUAUAUGUAUAGGUUUUUGCAGUGUCAUAUUUGUAUCGGGAGUAUGGCGCUCUGCUUGAAAACUCUCUUCUAAACUAAGCUACUGUGAUGUACGUCAUCAAAGGCUUCGUCUCCGUGAUUUAAACGUGUUCCAAAAUUAACUUGAAGAAAAAUAUGACAAGGCAUUAAAGGGUAACUGGGCUAUUUCUAAAAAAAAAAUGAAAAAGAAAAAGAAAAAAGAAAGAAAAUGUAGCAUUCUAUAACAAAACUGUGAGGACUGUCAGCGUUUCCCAGGAAUGUCUUUUUAUCAGCGAUGAUGUGUUUGUUGGCUGGCGACAGCUUGAAUAAUGAGGAAUGUGUAAAAUAUGAAAUAUUGUGUUGAAAAUGACAUGAACCAGCAGUUCUGCACACGUUUGCCAACAGUUUUUCCUGCAGUAGAGUUCCUCUCUUUUUUUGAAGGAGUCUGGACUUCAUCCGUGGUCACGUCCUCCAUCUGUGCAGCUCAAUCAUGAGUAAGUUCACGUACACGCAGUGUGUCACUGUUAGUGUUUCUAAAGAAUUUAGAUGUCAGGCUUUGGUCAGUGUUGUUAAAGUCACGUGUUAGUGUUUCCAACUCUUCAGCUAAUGGUUUUAUAUAAGGAGACGUGAUUAUUUACAUCGUCAUGUCGACAACAUACGGAUGUUAACGUGCAAAUACUUGGUACUUUACGUAUAUCAGCGUUCACGCUCUGCAGUUUAAAUACACACAUACAUCAACAAGAAGACAACAAGAAAACUAGUUUAGGACACUAAGUGUUUAAUGCAGUAUUGGCUCUGUUGUGUUGGCUAUCAAACAAUAAUCUUGUCUACUACAUAUACUCAAACACUUUAUAUUUAACAGGACACAGAGACAGUGAAACACACAGGCAGAGAUUCUAUUGUUCUGACGUGUGCUUUUGCGUUCAAUAUUUUAACGUGUGAGAAAAAAAUGCACCUUAAUUAUUUUUUGCCACAGUCUGUUCAGAAUAUAGGAGUAAAAAUGGAGGAGAAUUGGAAGCGAGGACUGUUUAUAAAUUCGCCACAUGUCCGUCCCCGACUGCUCGUUGACGAAGGACAUUUAAGACACGCAGUUUUGUGACGACUGACAUUUGAAUCCUCAAAGCACAUUCAAUGUUUGUUUACAGAGCAUCAUGGAUGUAUAGUUUGUAUAUUGUUGAUUUGCCAAAUCUAUGUUCUGUGUCACAGAUGAUGAUGUUGUUUAAUAGUAGUGUGAGACGUCGCGCCUUCGCCACCAGGGUGUUUAAUAAGAACAUUUGUUCGUGCAGUAAUCACUGUCUGUUCAUGCGUCGGGUUGUUCUUCUUCGUCUGCUCGUCUUUUCAAUUGUCCCCUUUCUGUUUUUCCUCCCCCUGUGCAAAACUAGUAUUAGAUGAACUUGCUUACAUUGGUUUGUCUUUUAGAAAAAUGUGCAAUAAAAGUGUUUUGAGUUUUGUAUUUUGCUCAAGGAAAGCUCUAUGGAUGUCAUAGAUGUUGUAUAUUAAAACAGAUAUUUAUACUUCUAAUGUUGCAUAAUACUAAAAAUAAAAUGAAAUGGUAAGUUA